ACUAAAGUGCUCGCCCAUCGCCUCUGACUACGGAAAUGACAAGAUACAUGUGUGUACUGCAAGCAUUGUGAAAUAUGAGAAGCUAUUUGCUUUAUUUCAUAUGUAAAAAGAUAACAAAAAUGGUCACCGAAACCAUUUUCUAAAUAAACAUUAUCCUUUGAAGCUUUGGCCUUAAUUACUAUACCGAUAAGAGCAGGGCUAUAUGUUGUUGAUAAACUGUCUGCGAUUUUUAAAGGUAGCGGUAGUUAUUUGUAUGUACGUAUGGUAAUAGUCAGGUAUUGUCCAGAUUACUGGAGAUGGAGAGAUCAUUAAUGAUCUGAGCAGUAGUGUCUUCUGUAGCACAUUACAUCAUACAUGGGCCAAUUUCCUGAGGAUCCAGUAGCUAUUUAUCUUAAGGCGGGAAGAUAUGUACUGGUAGAAGUGACAGUCACCAUGGCAACAGCAAGUUCCAACCCUGACCAGGAGAAUUUUUUUCGUAUGACUGUAUUAAUUGUAGAUAAUGCCUUGAAAGUUUUGCAAGAUGUUCUUCAGAAAGAGCUUACAACAGAGUAUCCCAAUUUAUUUGACCUGAGCACUGGGUUGUUACGUGGGGUGCUUGGUGAUGGAAUUGUCAGAACAAAACUGGAUAGACUAGUACGAUCCAGAGUACUUAAUGUACAUCAACAAAACCAGCUGUAUCCUGGUGGAAACCCCUCCUCAUCAGUGACUGUUGGUGAUUUAGACAUCACAUUGACUGUGCUUAUGCUGAGAAAUAUCACAACAUUGAAUCCACGACCACCGUUGAAUGCAUGGGACAACCCCUCUGACUCAGACACAUCAAGAGAAGCCACGAUUGGGCGAGUUAAAAGAUAUCGAAACAUUGUGUAUGGUCAUGCUAACAAGGCAGCAAUUAGUGAUCAAGAUUUCAGGGCACAUUUCUCAGGGCUCAAGUCCAAUUUGCUGGCUCUCUCUAGUAUGUACACCGAUGAGGAAUAUGAUGCCAUCUUGUCUAAACCUCUUGAUGCUGCUUUACUGGAGAGAAACCAGAGCAUUCUGAAAGAAUGGUAUAAUUAUGACAAAGAUGUGAAAGAUCAGCUGGUAAAAGUCAUACAUGAAUUGAAAGAAGGUGAAACAAAGCUGCAGGACCAUGUGGAACAGGUUCAUAAAAGAAGUGAAGACACUAUUCUCAAGAAGAUGGACAGUGUCGCUCAAAAUACACAUAAUAAACUUGAGGAAAUCUCUCAAAGAGUCACACAGAUGGACAUAGGUCAGUCAGAGCUGAAGGACAAAUUUAAGCAGACACAGAAGUUCAUGGAAGAGGUCAAAGCUGCACAAAAAGAAGACUCGCAGAAUAUCCAAUUUCAUCUAGAAAAAGGAAGAGGAGAACUUGCAUCUUUAAGAUCAACGCAAGGUCAGCAACUCCAAAUGACAAAAGAAAUGCAAGAAAAUGUCCAGACAAUAUGUGACAGAGACCGAGAUACAACAGAAUUUCAGAAAACUCCAG